UCUUUUUUUAACCGCCCCCCAAAACGCUAUAAAUACCUCUCUUUCCACUCGCCCUCUAGCUUUUGAUACAUUCGUUUUGAUCACUUUGGAGAAUCAUACGUGGUUUUGCUUCCAAUUUGGCUCCUAGGAGUCCAACCUCUCUGAUGCCUAGCUUGUAUUCGUAUAUAAUGGAUCAAGAGAUGGAGGCGUUUGUGGAGGUGGAUCCGACUGGUCGGUACGGCCGCUAUGACGAACUUCUCGGAUCGGGUGCGGUGAAGAAAGUGUACAGGGCAUUCGAUCAAGAGGAAGGAAUUGAAGUAGCCUGGAACCAAGUGAAAUUGAGAAGCUUAUCCUCUAAUGAGACGAUGAUCAACCGUCUGUAUUCUGAAGUUCGGUUGUUGCGGAACUUGAAGCAUAAAAACAUCAUCAAGCUGUACUCUGUGUGGCGUGACGAAGUUAAAAAUACUUUGAAUUUCAUAACAGAAGUUUGUACUUCCGGCAACCUAAGAGAGUAUCGGCAGAAGCACAAGCACGUCUCGAUUUUGGCUCUGAAGAAGUGGUCGAGACAGAUCCUCAAAGGUUUAAAUUAUCUCCACAAUCACGAUCCUUGUAUUAUCCACCGUGAUCUCAAUUGCAGCAAUGUCUUCAUGAACGGCAACGUCGGUCAGGUGAAGAUCGGUGAUUUAGGUUUAGCCGCCAUAGUUGAGAAGAAUCACUCCGCUCAUUCAUUAUUAGGAACACCUGAAUUCAUGGCGCCGGAACUCUACGAAGAGACGUACACUGAACAAGUCGAUAUAUAUUCAUUCGGAAUGUGCUUGCUCGAAAUGGUGACUCUCGAGUUACCAUACAGCGAAUGUGACAACGUGGCGAGGAUAUACAAAAAAGUUACCGCCGGGAAGAGGCCCGACGCCAUCAACAAAGUUAAGGACCCGGAAGUGCUAAAUUUCAUCGAGAAGUGUUUGGGGAAGCCGAGGGAUCGUCCAUCGGCCAUUGAUCUCUUGAACGACCCCUUCUUCGCAGGGAUUAUCGACGAUGACGACGAAAAUAGCGAUCGAUAAUCGGAGAAUCGAGUUGGAUGUAAAUGUUAUGUUGUUCGAAGGUUUUUUUCUUUUUUUGUUUUUUUGAGUUUAUGUGCUUUGGUUUUUUUGCAAGAAUUCUUUGUUGGGUGGUGUGUUUUUCUGUUACAACGAAGAAAGGUUGGUUUGGUUUA